AUUUGGUCUGGAAUGACAUUCACAUAGUCGGUCGAAGGGGAGACGCUGACAGCAAAACAGACAGAGUUAUAAUUACUGGUCUAUCACAACUGUCUUUAAUAUUUUAUUGUACAGUAUAUUCAUCCUUAGACAUGGAGCUGUCUGAAAUACUGUACAACAAAGCAGAGUACAUCGAAACGGCUUCUGGCAAUAAAGUGAGCCGACAGUCAGUGCUGUGUGGGAGUCAAAACAUCGUACUGAAUGGCAAAACUAUUGUCAUGAAUGACUGCAUCAUCAGAGGAGACCUGGCUAACGUCAGGGUGGGCAGACACUGCGUGGUGAAGAGCCGCAGCGUCAUUCGACCGCCUUUCAAAAAGUUCAGCAAAGGGGUGGCAUUCUUCCCGCUGCACAUCGGAGACCACGUCUUCAUCGAGGAGGACUGUGUGGUCAACGCAGCGCAGAUCGGUUCCUACGUCCACAUUGGAAAGAACUGCGUCAUAGGUCGUCGCUGUGUGCUGAAGGACUGCUGCAAGAUUUUAGACAACACCGUCCUCCCUCCUGAGACCGUGGUGCCGCCUUUUACCGUCUUCUCCGGAUGCCCAGGUCUUUUUUCAGGAGAGCUGCCGGAGUGCACGCAGGACCUCAUGAUUGAUGUGACCAAGAGUUAUUACCAGAAGUUCCUGCCUCUCAGCCAGAUCUGAGUCCCGCCUCAAAGCCGCCAGCAGGAUCCUCACCUUCUCCGGCCAAGUCGCGGGUCGGAGUCUCUUACCAGAAAUGGACUUCUGGGGCUCACCUGCUAUCCUUCACCUCACAACAGCCCCGACGCUGUCUGACCCGAGGACAAACAUGUUGUCCUUCUAAGAACAUGGAUAUGAUUUCACAGUUGUUUAUAGCUGCAGGAGGCAAUUGUGCAUAUUUACAGCUCCGAAUGGCAAUGAGAGUCUUGAAGAGUCUUUACUGAGCUGCAUGCAGCACCUUCAUGUUCCAGAAGCUCCAGGACCUCAGCGCGGCUGCCGAUAAUCACAAUCUACGCUCUCUCACAGCGGCUGUGGGCGAAGUCGGGAAGGAACACGGCUUGUAGUAUAAAGUGUAACACUCAAGGACCAAAACAACAGAUGUUGGCUGUACAUCAUUGAUGUCCACAUUUCAUUUGAAAAAACAGAUCAGUAGACGUAAAGGUUUGUGAAAUAUAUUCUGUGAUUGUCAUUUUAUUUCUAAUGUUGCAGAACUUUUUGCUUUCUCCCUCAAUUUGUCAUAAAACGUAUUUAAUAAGUAAUUUAAUUGUUCAUCAUCCGCUGCCUCCUGUGUUUUUCAUCUUUUCUGGGCAUAAAAUAGCGAAAGCCAACAUCUAAAACAGUGCAGCAAUUGAAUAAACAUAAAUGCCUGAAAAACAA